AUGGUGAAAACAUCUAAGUCUGUCAUUGGAGUUUUCAGUCUUGAAAUUAAAGCUAUUGAAAUAGAAAAUGGAAAAUGGCAUGGUUCAAUUAGCGGCAUAAUUGGUGCACCAAUUGACAAAGUUUGGACCAUAGUUUCUCAAACUAAGAAUCUUCCAGAAUGGAUGCCAAUGGUGGAAAGAUGCACUGCCUUAGCUGGAGAUGAAGAUGAACCAGGCUAUGUUAGGUUAGUUUCCGGUUUCAUGUUUCCUCAACAAGAUGGAGAAAGGUCAUGGAUCAAAGAGAGGUUGGUUUCAAAGGACUCUUCAUCACAUAGUUAUGUUUAUAGAAUGGAAGCAAGUAAUGUUGGUUUGGAUGGAUCUGUAAAUUCACUAAAAUUAGUUGAUUAUGGAGAUGAAUCAACUCUUCUUCAAUGGUCUUUUGAGAUUAAUCCUCUAGAAGAUGUGUCUGAGAACAACUUAGUGGAUUAUCUAGGAUUUCUAUAUAAAUCUUGCAUUAAUAAGAUUGAAGGUGCUGUUGAAGUAAAAAAGAUGUGA